ACUUGUGUGUCUUCUCAGUUCUCACAGCAUCAUUGCGACAGUUUCUAGCUGCUCAAACUAUAUACAGCCAUGGCAACCAACCAAAACGAGACACCUUCGUUCUUCAACUUCCUAAAGGAAGGAGUCCUCCUGCCGAGCCGCAACCGGAGGCUCUUCACAGCAGUCUGCGCGCUCAUCCUUGUCUCCACCGCGCUGCUCGUCCUUGGCAACGACCUCGCCGUGCAGCGCAUCCACGACCAGAUCCAGCUCGACGUCAAGGCGCUCAGCACCACAGAGCCCGGAAGCGUCCAGUUCGCCAAGCUACUACAGGAGAUCCAAAAUGACACCAAGAAGCUCCUUCUCGUCGCCAUGGGAUCCAUCCUGAUCGCCGUCGUCGUCGGAUCCGCCGUUCGGAUCGUCGUCCUCUUCGCCGCCGUCUCAACCUACUCCAGCGACGGCGAGCAGCGCGCUACUACUUUUGGCGCGCUCCUCGGCAAAGCCAAGGCGCAGAUCAAGGGACCCCUGCUCACGCUCGCCUUCGUCCUCGUCGUUGAGAUCGUCUGCGUCGUGCCUCUGGUGGCCAUGGUAGCACUUGUCGGCUUUCUCGUGGCGAAGCAAUACCUCGUGGCUUUGCUUGUGGUCUCGCUCCUCGUGAUCGCUGCCUCCGUCUGCCUCGUCUACUUCUCCUUCAUCUGUUCUUUCAGCGUCGUGGUGGCGGUGGCCGAACCCGACUGCCACGGCGCAGCCGCGUUAGGAAAGGCGUGGAGGCUGGCGAGCGGGAAGAAGUGGCAGAUCGUGCUGUACGUCGCCAUCACCGGAGCACUGGCCGCGGCCGUGUUGCCGGUGCACACGCUCGCAAGGACUUGCGCGGGUAACAGCGUGGCGCCUGGGUUGCUCCUAGGUCUGGUGUACGUGGUUAUGCUGGCGCUCGUGGAGUUGUUCGCCGUCUGCGCCAUGACCGCGUUCUACUACGAGCGCAGGGAGAGCAUCGACAGCCAGCUGGGGGCUACUACUGUUUACGCCAAGGUAGCAACGGAAGAAGCAAACGCUUGACUUGAUCAUUAGCUCAACUUGGUGUCUGACCCAUGUAAAUUUCGGCU